CUCUGCACGCGCUGGUCCUGAAUGACCUGAGAAGGUCUCCGGCCUUGUGAGAGUACUUCACGGUGAGCGUGGCGGUGAACGUUACCGGGCUGUCGUGAUCGCUGAACACAGCAGUGCUGCGAUGUUUAAGUGCAAAACAGUAUGGAAUAAACUGGCUCCCCUGGCUCGGGUCUCAUCUACUCUGUGUGUGCAGAAUGCGAGGAGAUCAGUGCUGAGACAUGAGAGAAGGCUGGAGAUGGUGCAGAGGGCCAAGAUGUCGUCAGGGGCAACAGGAGGGGGCGGGGAAAACACUCUGUUUUACGUGCUGGUUGGAGCAACAUGUCUGGGGGCGGGAGUUUAUGCUUACCGUACUGUCUCAGGGGACAAGGAAAGAUAUAAUGAGCGUAUGAUGGAAAUUGUCAGCAGAUCAAAACAAAAGCCACAAGCAGCUGAGGCUGUAGAAGAAAGUCAUACAGGUUUGGAGCAAAAUGAGGUAGAUGCUGCAGCUCCUGUGGAAGCUGUCCCUGAAGCAUCUCUAGAGCCAGCUGAGAGUGAGCCUGUUGCUGAAGCUCCCAAAACAGAACCUGAAGAACCUCCCGUAACAGAGCUUAUUGUGGAGUCCGCUGUAUCUGAACCUGUUGUAGAAGCCCCCAUACCUGAGCCCAUCACUGAAGUCCCCAUAACGGACCCCGUUGUUGAUGCUUCUGUACCAGAACCUGCCAUCGAAGUCCCCGUAACAGAAGCCCUUGUAACAGAACCUGUUGUUGAAACCCCUGAAACGGAACCUGCCAUGGAUGCUCCCGUAAUUGAAACCGUUGUUGUAGCUCCUGAAACGGAACCCAAUGUGAAAGCUCCCAUAAGAGAACCUGUCAUGGAAGCCCCUGUAACGGAACCCGUCAUGGAAGCUUCCAUAACGGAAUCAGUCAUAGAAGCUCGAGCAGUUAUACAGAAUGAAGAGCCCUUAGUUCCUGUAGUUGAGAGUGCAGAGCCCACACCUGUAACCAUCGCUGAGCAUGUGCCAGAGGCGCCACCUGUUUCUGAGCUUGUGGCAGCUCCUGAGCCUGCUCCUGCUGCUGUGCCCCUUGAACCGACCACUGCGUCCUCCAAAGUCCCUGAACAUGCCCCCUAUCUGCUGAUUGGUGGAGGCACAGCUUCAUUCGCUGCAGCUAGGUCCAUUCGUGCACGAGACCCUGGUGCCAGGGUGCUGAUUAUUACAGAGGAGUCUGACCUGCCCUACAUGAGACCACCACUCUCUAAAGAACUCUGGUUCUCCGAUGACCCCCAGGUUGCAGAAACACUGCGUUUCAAACAAUGGAAUGGCAAAGAGAGAAGUGUUUACUUCCAGCCUCCCUCAUUCUACGUCAGUCCCACGGAUCUUACUAAAGUGGAGAAUGGGGGUGUGGCUGUGCUCACAGGCUGUAAGGUGGUUCACAUGGAUGUCAGAGAAAAUAAAGUCAGACUGAGUGAUGGUGCAGAGAUCUCCUAUGAAAAGUGCCUGAUUGCCACAGGUGGGGUGCCUAGGAAUCUCCAAGCGAUCGAAAGGGCAGGAGAGGAGGUGAUGAGGAGGACAACGCUCUUUAGGAAAAUUGAAGAUUUUAGAUCUCUAGAGAAGAUCUCCAGAGAGGUGAAGUCCAUAACCAUCAUUGGUGGUGGGUUUCUGGGCAGCGAGUUGGCAUGUGCCAUUGGUCGCAGAUCCACUGACCUUGGUUUAGAGGUGAUCCAGAUGUUUCCAGAGAAGGGGAACAUGGGAAAAGUUCUGCCUGAAUACUUAAGUAAUUGGACCACUGAGAAAGUCAGGAGAGAGGGUGUGAAUGUUAUCACGGAUGCACUAGUGAAAAAUGUGAGCUACAAAAAUGACAAAUUGGAGAUCAAACUGAAGGAUGGACGACUGGUUAAGACGGACCACAUUGUGGCAGCAGUCGGUUUGGAACCCAGCACUGAACUGGCCAAAUCAGGCGGGCUAGAGGUGGACUCUGAUUUCGGAGGGUACCGGGUUAAUGCAGAGCUCCAGGCUCGAUCCAAUAUCUGGGUGGCAGGAGAUGCUGCAUGUUUCUAUGACAUUAGGCUGGGCCGCAGGCGUGUGGAACAUCAUGAUCAUGCAGUGGUCAGCGGCAGACUGGCCGGAGAGAACAUGACCGGAGCCAGCAAACCCUAUUGGCAUCAGUCCAUGUUCUGGAGUGAUUUGGGGCCAGAUGUAGGGUAUGAAGCCAUCGGGAUAGUGGACAGCAGUUUGCCCACUGUAGGAGUGUUUGCUAAAGCCACUGCCAAGGACACACCAAAAGCUGCAACAGAGCAAUCAGGGACUGGAAUCCGCUCUGAGAGUGAGACGGAGGCAGUUGCCGGGGCGGUAGAGGCAGGAACAGCGUCCUCUCCCUCUGCUGUCCAGCAGGAGGAGGAUUAUGGAAAGGGGGUGAUAUUCUACCUGAGGGACAAAGUGGUGGUCGGUAUUGUCCUGUGGAAUGUCUUCAACAGAAUGCCCAUUGCGAGGAAGAUAAUCAAAGAUGGAGAGGAGCAUGCCGAUCUGAAUGAGGUAGCCAAGCUUUUCAACAUCCAUGAAGACUGAACAAUCUCUUUCUCAUUUUCUCUGCCCUCUGUCCACUCUGUCAAGGACACUCUGCCCUCAUCUAUGUGGAGUGAACUUGGCAAAACACACACACACACACACACACACACACACACACACACACACACACAAAGGCUUACACCAGCCUGGAAUCUGCCAUUCUGGCCUUGAACUCUCUGAGACCAGGACAUGCAGUACUGCCUCAUGGCCACAAGGUGGCGCUGUGGAUUCAUUGUACCACGGACUUGAUAAAACAAUGCUGUCCAGCUUCUUUUGAGGGAAAUUUAUACCUGUUGUUUGUAUUUAAAGAUUCUCUGUGUUUUCUUCCUGUUGUGGCCCAUGAAUAUUCAUCUUCCUGAAUGCAGCCCAGAACACACCCUCCAAAUCCCCAAAACCAGACCCGGGAUCUCCACUUUCAUUCAAUAUUGUAAUAAAGUUGCAUAAGAAAGAAACAAAAUCAGAUGAUAAACUAAUUUCUCUGACACCUAGUUGCACAAUAUUUUUGUCUGCAAGAUCAAAUCCACUCAAAUUAAGAGCGUAAAUAAAAGUAAAUUAUUUUUAA